AUGGCCGAUUUCCAGUUUCUUUCCCCAGUCCUUGAUGAGCUACUAAAUGGGAUCAAUGAAUGAAAGAGUGUUCCUGACGUCAUAAGGCUAACAUUUAAGGCGCUCUCAGACGUCAUAAAAGCUCAAGGAUCAACAAUUAAAGAAAUCCAUCAAGAUUUAAAUGAUAAAGCUUCGAAUUCUGAUGUCAGAAUGGCGAUUUCUGCAGUUGAUAUACUUGAAGAGCUGAAAAAUAUGAUUGAUUCAAAGGUUUCUUAUUCAGAUUUUGAAGAGUUUUUAAAUGACAAAGUGUCAAAAGCAGAAAUUAUGAAUUUGCUGCAAAAUAAAAUUUCAUAUGUUGAAUUUAGGUCGAAGCAAGAAGAAUACGAUGAAAAAAUUUUUAAAAUUCAAGAAGAAAUCGAGGAAUUGAAUAAAAAAUCAUGCAAAGGAUAUUCAAACGAAGAAAUAAAUAAAAUAUAUGCGAUGCUAGAUAUAAAAGCAAACAGAGCGGAUAUUUUAGGGCUUCUUGAUGAAAAAGCUAAUAAGCAAAUGGUUGAAACGCUUUUAAAUCAAAAAAUGGAUACUUUUGAUUUAGAACUGCUGAUGGAAACAAAAGCAGACUUAAGUAAAUUAGAAACAUUAAAAAAAGAAAUUGAUGAAAAAGCAUCUAAAGAUGACAUAUCGCGUCUACGCAUGUCAAUCCAGCAAGAUUUAAGUAAUUUUCCCAGAAAAGAAGAUUUAGAAAAUGAAAUGGAAAAAUCGCGACAUCUAUUGGACGAAAUUCAUUUACGAAACCUUCAAAUGAUGAAGGACUGAGACUUAUCAAUAAGAGAACAAGUUGAUAGAAAAGCAGAAAACUGAAGGGUUGAAAUUCUUGCAGAGGAAUUGAAAAAUAAGCUAGAUGCUAUAGUAAUUGACAAUGAAUUAGAUAAAUUAAAAACUGAGUCUUCCAUCAUGAAAGAGUCUAUCAGCAGCAAUUUAUUGAAAUUUGAGGAAAAAUAUAAAAGCUUGAAAAUUGAAAUGGAUAUUUUAAGCCAAAAAUGCUCAUUUGUAUCUAAUCAAAUUGGAGAAAUCGAAAAUGAAAGGAUAAAUUCAUCACAGCAAAAUCCAAACACAAGCUUAAAAAAUAAUGGUAAAAACGAUAGAAACGGUUUGAAUAAAGAUAAAGUGAAAAAACUGUUCACUAAAUGAACUAAAGAAGUAUUAUCUGAUAUUAAAUCAGAAAAUCAAACUGACAUCAAUAAUUUUUUAGCAAAAACAAAUGACGAAAUCAGCAUUCUAAGACAAGAGCUAGGAAAAAUUGGCAAAAGAAUUCAUAAAUUAUCCAAAUUCCACGAAAAUAUCAAAGAUAUCUAUAAAUCACUUGCAGAAAAAGUUUCAGCAGCAGAUCUCGAGCAAAUUCUAUCUACAAAAACUGAUCUGAAAUACCUUGCCCAAAUUGUUUCUAACCAAGAAGAAAUUUCUAAAAGUAUUGAAAAAAUUCAUAAAAUUCUUGAUGCAAAAUGCGAUUCAAAAUCAUUCGAAAAUCAUUUAAAUACAUGCGAAGAUCUCAUGGAUUUAAUGAAUAAAGACCUAAUCCUUAAAGCUAAUGUUAAAGAUGUGUUAACACUUUUAGGAACAAAAACCAACGAAGAAGACUUUAAAUUAGAAAUAGCGAAGAUAAAAAAAGAAUUAGAAAAUAUGGUGGUUCUUGAAGAAUUUAACUUAAACCUAGCUGAUCAAAACUUAAUCAAUGAAGCGCUGUAUAGUGAAAACUGUCUGGCCAGAUGACUUUGAAAAUCAGGAAACUUAAAAGAUCAAGCAGUUAUUUGGGAAAUUCAGUCCAAUAAUACUUGCCCAGGGAAUUUUAUAUGGGUAGAAAAUUGUAGUGAGAUUGAAACUGUUGCUCCUGGGCUUUAUGAACUAGUUUAUGGGUUUUAUUCUCAAUCAAGACCUUGCAUCAGCAUUUUUGUAAACAAUGAAAUUAUUAUUCAAGAUAAAAAACCUUUAGAGUUUGAAUGACUAUUGCAUAGUGAUGGGAAUAUUGCUGGAGUUAGUAAAAUCGAGUAUAUUGCACUUCCACCCAGAGCAAAAAUAAAGAUCCUUUAUUCGAAUGAGGAACAGGGUGAAGGAUUUUUGGGACUAAGGAAACUUUAA